UUAAACAGUUUGUGAAUUCUACAAUUUGCAGUCAACUUCGCAGUGAUCUUUGAUUACUAUUUACUGAUAAUAUUUUCAUGGUAUUUCCUGAAAAUUGUUUCCGUUUUUACGUAAAUUAUUAUGGUAUGGGUUUGUUUUCGUAGCAGCAGGUUGAAUGAGAGAAACUGCGCCAUGUAAGCCCUGAGCGCGGUAAAUAAUUGCCGUACAUCUUCGAGAAGCGUCCACAUUUUUGUGAAUCCUUUCUGUAUAAUUCCACACCUCCACAAUGAUCCGAUUCACGGAUCAGCUGUUUAAUUUUAAUCACCUGGCUGUUGACGAUGCGGAGCUGGAGCCGAAGCGUCCAAAACGUGGCUGCGCGGAGAACCAGCUGGCGCUGGCCAGUAUGCGUCUGUCCUUCGGUGAAACGGAGAUUAGUCUGCUUCGCCACAAGAAAACGCCUUCGGAUAGUAUUCCUAUUUUCGCACAACGACAGCGUGGAGAUGAGUAUGAAAUGCUGACCAAAUACGAUAAACUGACUCUGGAACAACUAUUCCGGAAAGAAUGCUCGCUGUCCGGGGACGCGAAAACUGAUACAGCGUCUGCUAGCGAUAAGAAAAAUGUGAUACUCUCUCCGAACUUCCGUAUUCGUACGGGAGGGGUGAGUGCGGAGCGUGAUGAAGAGGAGUUCCUCCUGAUUCAAGGGAAGACUGUGAUACGCGGGAAAGGAUUAAACGCUGAUUACCAGAUUUUGUGCGAGACAUACGUCGUAGAAAAGCCUGUUGUUGACGCUGUUUGGUGCACUUUUCGCCACCACGAUCGACACGUGAAACCGCAGCACGCCACUCUGACGCCACGGUUAGAAUCUUUCUCUGCGGUGGAAACGGUUUGUCUCGCUCAACAGAGGAAAUUAAUCAUCCACCGCGACAAUGGCGAGCGGUACGCCUUCAACUGCGGUUUUCCCAUUCGGAAGCUGUGGAGUUGUCCAUUGGGAUUGUUAGUGGAGAGGGAUCCGAAAAUUGCUUCUGAUCUAACUGAUAUCACUGGUUAUCCGAGGCUUUUCUCCUUGACUUGCCAUCUUGAUGAACCGGCACCAAUUCUGUUUCUUGGAGGAGAUACGGAUCAGUCCGCAUCGCUGUUAUUGCAUCCCGAGUGCGAAAUCGUAGGCACCGUGGACGAUCUCCCGUUGAUUUUAAUAUUUGAUCCCUCGAAGAACACACAUUCGUUAUGGUUUGCGCGCCUAUCGACUGCGGAGGAUAUUGAACAAGCGUCAGAAACGCUACGGAAGCAGGCUUUAAACGGCAAAGGAUUGCAUUUCCAUCGGACUUCUGAUUCCAAGCAUCCCCGAAGACUGUCCAGUACGCUUCCGGAUGGUACGACUUCCUCUAUUGCGACGAAAUCUCCUAUAUCACCAGCAACAGCCUUGGCCAAUGGUGGUCCACAGUCUUUCAAAAAGCCUUUCGAUCUCUAUAAAAAGGCCCUCGUGACGAGUUCCGAGAAAUUCUCUCCCAAAACGACUGAAGUUGGCCCGUUAAACUUGAUGACUCCUGGUAGCGGUCCUUCCGGUUCCAUGACUGGGAUAAGAGAUCGCGCUCCUUUCACAAUCGGCCCUCUUGCCACCGAUAUGUUGUCGUCGAUUACGUCUGCAACUAAAACCUGUUCAGAAAUGUCGAUCAGCACUUCCAAAUCCUCAUUCUGCUUUCCCACCUCACCUGUCGGCUCUCAUACCGACCAUCUGAAUGUCCCCGCGCAAGAGCUGAUGGAUCUCCGAUCACCGGUUGCAUCUCUUGCACAGUCAAAAAUCAUGUCCAUGCUAUCGAAUACAAGUAUUCCCGGCGAGCACACCUCAGGAUCGUUAACCCGUAAGCAUAAGCCCGCUGUGUCGCAGCACAGCUAUCUGCGCAAACCGCCCCGGCUAUCCCAUCCGACGCGAACGGUAACCGACGAGCUGGCCUAUCCCAAAGUGGCAAUGGUUCACAUCUGGUCGGAUGCGUCUGAAGGAAUACGUCAGUCACUCGGCAAGGAUGUUUUUCUAUUAGCAAAUUGUGGAAACGAGUAUUAUUUUUGUUACAUCCUGCCAUCACAUAAAGUCCUGCGAUGUAUCCGGUUGAUUAAGGAAGAUGAUGUGCAGCAUCUUCAGCUGAGACUAACGGUGGAUACCGAAUCCAGUAUUCCGGCACUGAGUGCUGUACGUAUUGGCUGCAGUGAAUUAAUGGUCGUUUUGGAUCCAUCCCAACAGUUGGUGGUGUACAGCACUCCGGAUAACCAAAUCUAUCGUGUGGAUUGCCGGUUUGGGGCGGCGGCGGCUGGUAAGAUGCUUUUGCCACUGGUAACAUUCGAGCCACCGGUGGCGUCCAGUCCGGUGUUGGCGGGUACUACAACCACCGUUCUAAGCCCUAGUUUUUCUCCUGUACCGCAUUUGGGCGAAACUCCCCCGAUUUUAUCUACAAAAUCUGCUACUGUGACCCGUUUAAUGCCAACGGGAGGGAACAAGUUUGUUAUGAUUACGGAUAACGAAUUCAAGGUGUGCCGUGUGGUUUCCAACUUGACGACCGAUUUAAUCAACCGAUGUUGCGCUGUUCUCCGGCUCAUCUUACCGCGCGACAUUUUCAGCAAAAUGAAAGCGGGAAUGGAGAAAUCGGUAUUGCAGAUGGAGAAUUUUCGACAAGUUGCCGGUCGCUGGGAUGGCUUUUUUAUCAGCAUUUUGCGCAGUGUCGGAUGCAUCGUUAAAGUGGCCACCUUACCCGAUAUUGCUGUACAUCAGUCUGACUGGGAAUUAUUGUCAUCAUCCGCGUUUGCUAAGGUUAAACUGCCUAAGCAGCAUGCCUCCGCUCUGAACACAGCGACAGAAGCGGAAAUUACGAUAGUUGCUCAAAGGAAUAACCGAGUCUUGAAGAAGGUUUUGCUGUGCCUUCAUCUCGUCUACGAUGAAUCUCGUUUGUGCUGUCUCUGGAGCUGUGAGCGACAGUGUAUGGUUUCUUGGUUGCUUUUACUGGCCAAACUUCUUGAACUACCUCGGUAUGUGGAAUUUUAUCAAGCUUUGCUGAACACUGAUCAGGAGAAAUCUGGAAGUGUGAAAGUGGAACUGGUUGGAAAUGCUGUCUCGGAAAAAAUUUUACCCGAUAAUCCGCCCGAUUUGUUCGCCUCUCUGGAAGGGAUGCUCCGAAAGCGGCCGCAGAAGUAUCCAAUAAUGCAAGGAGUGAACCCGAUUGCUAAAGACAUCGUACUUCUUGUCUCCAACAUGUCGAGCCAUACCAAAGAUGCAUCCGAUCGUAUCGUGCAGAUACUGGAGCGGAAUUAUCUUUCAUCAGAAAUGUUUUCUUUAUUGCCGCAUUCACUUCGAACCGCUCUGCAGCACCGUUUUGCCCAGAUGUGCGAAGAAGUCCCGUUUGAAUUGACACCCGAUCGUCUUUUCGAGAUGGCCAGACGAGAAGAUGCCCUACUAUGCAGGCAAGCCGUAACCGGAAAAGGUUUACGUGACUUCUGCGUGAGCGAAGUUCAACGGAAGGUGCUCAGUAAAUCUGAUAGCCACGAUGCAUUCCGCAAGCGGACGACACCGUUGCCUCAUAAUCUGAUUACCAAACGGUUUGCUGGUGAUGCGCGAUUGAGAGAAGCGGAAAAGUUGUUGACUACUUCGGAGCCCGUAAUUGUACCGCUGAACGCCAUGCAUUCUGCUAAUGAGGUGGAUUUUCGGACGGCACAGCAGACGUGGCUGAAAAGUUUGCUACCAAGGAUUUUGUCAUUGCCGGUCGCCCGAGGAAUGCUGUGCCUUCGUACGGAAUAUGCUUAUGCUACAGAAAAAUUAAGUGCACCGGAAAUGGUGUUUUCUGGUGUUGAACGAGGGACAGGACGAAAGAUUUCUCUUAAACCCGAAGAAUUUACGACUGGAUAUGAUUUCUGGCCUCGUUUUCAUAAUGGUGUUGCCACCGGACUACGCUUACGCUGUUACGAUCAAGAUGCCAUCCGGUUUGACCAUCAUUGGUUGGCAUUUAAUGCGGCUCAGUAUACCAAACGGGAAUCAGUGGAUUAUGCGGGAAUCUUUCUUGGCAUGGCCCUGAACGGCGCUGUCGAUAUCAGAACCGAUCCAAUGGACCUGCAUAAUAUGCUGGUUCGUUUAGAAGACUCCGUCAGCAUUGCUGUUAUUCUAGGGAUGGCGUGUGUCAACAGAGGCACUCAGGAUAAGCGCUACUUCCGAAUGAUCAGUCUGCAUAUUGUAUCGCUUAUUGAAGAUCCAAAUGUGGAAUUGUUGAUACCACAAAAUAUCUAUGUGGCAUCACUUCUUUCUCUUGGCUUGCUGUACAAAGCAUCGGCUAAUCGUUUUAUCAGUGAACGGCUUUUGGAAGAAAUUUGGACAGGACCACCACCUGAAACCGAUGGAGUAUCGCAGCCGGCGAGCAGCGAGCGGGAAUCAGCGUCAUUAGCUGCUGCAGCUGGGCUGGGAUUCGUGUUGCUCGGUCUGGGAAACGAGAGCGCUCUCGGCCUGGCUGAUUUAGAAAUACCGCAGCGUCUAAGAACUUAUAUGAUCGGCGGUUUGCAUGGAAAAUGCAGCACCCAGUUCAAACGCCCUGAAGUAUACCAGUCCUCAACAUUUUCAACUCAACGGCGAGAAGACGAACAGUCAAUUAAUAUCCACAUUACCGCACCUGGUGCCAUUCUGGCCUUGGCAAUGAUAUAUCUGAAAACUGAACGGCGCGAUAUAGCCGAUUGGAUGGCCAUGCCGCAGACUCUGCAGGAACUAGAUGAAAUUCGACCGGAUUUUCUGUUGCUCCGUAUCGUAGCCCGUUCUCUGAUAAUGUGGGAGUCAGUGGAGAACAGUGAAAAAUGGAUUAGCAGCAACUUCCCACCGUGGAUUUUGAAGAAUGUCUUUUUAAGCACCACCGAUAUGGAAGCGCAGGGACUGGAUGUGGUCAGUAUUACACAGGCCUACUUCUUCAUUCUAGCGGGCAGUUGUAUGUCGUUGGGAUUGAAGUAUGCGGGAACGGCGUCGGAAAAGACCAAGACGAUUUUCAUGACAACGGCGCUUAUGAUGAUUAAGUGGUCGGAGGAUAAUAAUUUAGCACGACAGUGUAGUCAGAGUUUGAUGCAGACCUGUCUGACCACGAUUGUUGUGGCCUUGGCCAGCGUUAUGGCAGGGACGGGAGAUCUGGAAGUGUUUCGUUUGCUUAGAUACCUUCAUGGGAGGAGCGGUGGACCGCGAUCACCCAUUACAUACGGUCACCAAAUGGGUGUUCAUAUGGCGAUCGGUUUGUUGUUCCUCGGCUGCGGCAUGUACACUUUGGGCACAUCGAACGAAGCCAUUGCGGCCAUGCUUUUGGCAUUCUAUCCGAUGUGGCCUAAGAAUCAAUCGGACAAUCGGUACCAUCUACAGGCAUUCCGGCAUUUGUACGUGCUAGCCGUGGAGAAUCGCUUGAUGAUGACGCGCAGUGUUUAUGGUGGUCAGCCGGUCGAGGUUGCCGUGCGCGUGGAGAUGAAAGACUCAUCCAAAAACAUUGUCUCCAUGAAGAAUCUACUCAUGACACCGUGCGUAUUACCGGAAAUCUCCAGCCUCCGGAGCGUAUCGGUGGCGUCUGGUGAUUCAUGGCUGACAUUCACAGGAAAAGAUAACUGGGUUCAAAUGAAAAAGCUGUUGAAUAACGGAGGACUGGCCGUUUAUCCGCCAAGCGGACUUCGAAAAAAUCACGAUGUGCGGUUGUUCUUGAUGAAUUUUAACGGUGGUGUACUGAAUCAGAUUGACCGGUUGAUGUCGCGCCCGGCGAAUGGACACCAGACGAUGAAAAAGCUCUUGCAACAGCAGCAUUUAUAUUUCUCUGAUCUUGGAUUAGCGGGUCUGUUUGAGAUUGCUAGUCGAAACUUGAUGGGAAAUAGUGCCACGAAUUUGACCGAUGAUCAGUGGAUUGCAUGGAUUCUGUACGAAUGCGCCGGAUACGGCCAGACCGAUGCAUUUAUGGAGAUUAUGACAUUUUCAAAAGAAACCGAUACGACGUUACAGCAGAUCGCUGCAAGGAUUUUAUCGGAGAAUUCAACCGAAAAUGACGAGAAAAACGGGAAGUGGAAAACACGACUGCAGAAGCGAAAUUUUCUCCACAUUUUGUCGGGAAAUGCUGACGCGGUGUGAAGUUUUUCUUUUGUGUUUACUUUAUUUUAUUUUGUAAAUUGUUAAGCCGACAUAGUCGGUGUUUUGCCGCACAUUCUGCGAUGUUUGUCUAACUCGUCUUUGAUUCGUUAUGAACUUACGAAUGAUAAACCGACGGAAAAGUUAAAAGUUUUAUCAGUCAGACCUCUGUUUUUCAUUAUUGAUUAACCGUGAAAGUAGUUCAUCGCUGUCUAUGAGGACAUCGAUAAGAAGACGAAAACAACGAUAAAAUCACAA